AUGUUAAAGCAUGUCCACGAUGGUGGAUUGUCUGAGACUGAACACAGGUUUCCAUGCAGGGACAGACAGCAGGCUACUAUUGGACCUAACAGGAAAAUGGUUCCAGUUAAACUCCUCAUUCUGGGAGCUCAGAACACUGGAAAAACAGCACUGUGUGUACGUUUCAUCACCAAGCGCUUCAUUGGUGAAUACGACCAUAAAAAGGAGGUGACCUACAGAUGCAGUCGGGUGGUGGACCAGGAAGCUGUUGACUUGGAGAUUUUGGAUGUAGCUUGUAAGGAGAGCUCUGGGGCUUCUCUGCAGUCGUCCAUCCGCUGGGCCGAUGGCUUCCUGCUGCUCUACUCCAUCACACAGCGCCUCAGCUUCCUGGAGGUCCCACGACUCAAGGAGCUCAUCGACCAAACCAAACAGACUCUAGUUGUCCCUACAGUGCUGGUAGCUAAUAAGGACGACUUGGAAAUCGGCAGGGAGGUGACAACAGAGGAAGGACAGAGACUGGCCAAGGAUUUGAGGUGCAGUUUCAAGGAGCUGUCAGUGGCAGAAGCGGUUUUAGGUGUGGAAGCAGCUGUGUUUCAGCUCAUCAGGCUGGUGUUGGAUCAGCAGCGCCCUCUGCCUGACCGCCGCUCCUACAUGCUGACUGUUCGCCACGCUCUGACCAGGAAACUGACCCGAUCUAAGACCAUGCAGUGGUGACCACAGGAAAGAAGCAAUUCUCCAUUUAUUCCAGUGGGACAUUUAAGAAAACUGCUGCUCUCAUAACACUGCAGUUUUAUGAUAUCAGCACUGUAAGAGUUUUCCCUGGCUUUUGAAACAUAAAGAUCUGUCGAAUCACUCAGCAUGUAUGGAGGAAACAUUUUAAACUUCAGGUCUGACAGUGUUCAAGGCAUCUACUUUGGAGCUUUUAUGCAACACUGAUGAUUUGGCUGUUUUCUAGCAUAAGCCUGCAGCAUCAGGUUGUCUGGAUUCAUGGUGUCCCAGAGGAUUUUACCAAAGUGUGGGCUACAACACCAGCUACAACAUCACAAACAUAAAUGUAAAGCAAAUCACACCAAAGAAAAAUAAAAAUUUAGUGUGAGUUCGCCUGUUGUAGAGA